GCGAGGAAGAGGAAGAUAAUGAUUCGCGAACAAAAGAAAUGUGGAUCGUCGUCCCUUCCAAUGGCGGGGAAGGUGCUCCCACGCUAGACGAGCUGUUCGAUGCACUAUCAAUUUGCUCGUCGCUUCAUUCGUCAAGCGGUGGUGCCAAUUCUGAUGGGCAUCCUCUCGCCAGCAUCGGCCCGUUUGGCACAGGCCUCCGCACCGAUGCUCCACCCGGAGCGUUCGAGGACGCUGAAGAUGUGGAUGAGGCAGAAAUCGCCGUCAAUGGAGCCCAACCCGAAGAGGCAGGGCUCAGCGAAACCGGAAGGCGGGCGUUGGCCCACUUGGAAGCAGUUCUCGACUGGCCGGGUGAAGAAGACGCCACCACAACAUCGAAUCCGACGGAUAUUGAGAGUGGUGCAGCAGGCAGAGGGAAAGAAGCGCAUGCUCAAGCUUCCGCUGUAUCAGAUCUCCAGACUGCAACUCAAGAACCUUCGCGGGUUACCCCGUCCAAUACGCUUAUCUUUGCGUCUUUACCACCUGAAUUCUUCGACACGCCCGAACUCGCGCGUGCGCUUCUCGAUUUGUUGCAUGCGUAUGGCAAAUUGCUGAGCUACCUACCGCUGCCGCUAUUCGGACGGGCGGUCGUAGCUUACGAAGAGCUAGAAGCAGCAAAACGAGCGAAGGAGAAGUUGGAUCUGCUCUUGUUACCCUUCGAGGACGAAUCGGAAGAAACAGUGCUGGCGGACGAGGCACGGUACAGCAAAAGUGCCGACUACGCUUCAGGGGCCUCGGGCAAGCACAGCUAUGACACAUUGCGCGUCUACUACGGACCUUCUUCCUCCGAGAUCUUUUCUGGACGAGAGUCUGCGUCAAAGGCACUGGGCGUGCCCAUCACCGAUCGAAAUUUCCUCAUUUCUCCACCCGGCAGCCCGCCGGUGGGCUGGGAGCCGAUCGUAGAGGAUCCGCCAAAUCAAGAUACACUUGCCGACGAUCUCAUUAGAGCACUAGGGCAGCUGCGAGAUUCCGGCGCUAAUUUGGAGGACCAUAGGCCUAAGCCUCUAUCAGGUGAUGGGGGUGAGGAUGAUCAGAAAGGACGCACGACACCGACCGAGGACAGUGAAGAACAGCAAGCGGCAUUGGCGGCUCCGAGACUCGCAUCAGCGCAACCUGCUGUAAUCAUUCCGGCAAUGGGCGCAAUGCCAGGGGUCAGCGUCGAGGCAUUCGACGGUGCAGAGGACGGAGACAGGCAAACCGCCAUCACGUCUGGGGGUAAAAAGUAUAUGGGCGUCUCCAUCAGCAGCGUCAAGGCUACUGUGGAGAGCAUGAGGAGUAAUCGCAGUCGCAGUGGAUCCAAUGCUUCGCUUUUGUCCGUCGAAGAUGCGCAAACUGGUUUGGGCGGUGGCGGUGCCAGCUCAUUUGGGAAGAUCACACCGACAGCGCGACCACCGCUCGCACCGUAAGAAUAACGCAGCUACAUACUCG